UUGGACUGCCUAAUAAGCGAAGGCACAAAACUGCCUCGUACCGCUUCUUUGGAUCACUUCAAUUCCUUUGCGAAAGGCAUUUUGUUCCACAGGAUCGGCGAUGCACUUCUUCUUCGCGGAAGCAGGGUGAAAGAGCACAGUGCAAAAUAUGAAAAGUUGUCGUAUGCAAGCUACUUGGUUGCUUUCGAUAUCCUCCACAAGGCAUCCUCAAUUUCACCUCUUCUGGCUGCUCUGUUCGUUCUUGAAACGCUUACACUGCGUACCAUUCUACGAUAUUUCAACGCAGCAAAGAUUUCUGAGGAGCUUACUGAGCAGGUCCAAUUUUGA